AUGCAGGAAAAAUCGAGCACUGUCGCCGCUUACGCGGCCGGAGCAUCUCUUGCGGCUAUUGCUUUAUUCUACGUCUUCGGCCCCAACUACACUAUCGAUGGAGACGAGUCACAGGACAGUUCCCGCAAGAAAAACAUUGUUGGCUUGUCCAACCCCGCCAAUGACUGCUUCAUCAACUCGGUGCUGCAGGCUCUUGCAGGGCUCGGUGAUCUGCGUGUCUACCUGAUCAGAGAGCUCCACAAGCGUGAACUAGACGGUUCUGAUAUAUAUAAUGAACUUCCUCCACCGGCUGAUAUGCCUCGGGAUGCGAAGCCGGACAGGAUAAGGGAAUUGCAACAGGGGAGUAUUACCAGAGCUCUCAAGGAGAUGCUCGACCGACUGAACGAACGCCCGAUCUACAAGAAAACCAUCUCCGCGCGACCCUUCAUCCAGUCUCUUGAGUACGCCUAUCGGACGCGGAUCAGCCGUAGCCAGCAAGAUGCGCAGGAGUUCUUGCAGAUUGUCGCAGAAAGACUUUGCGAUGAGUACCAUGCCGGCGUGAAAGCACGACUACGAGCGAAGGCCAUACCAGAGUUGUCGUCAGGCCCGGAGGCGGUAAAAUCAGGCGAUGAAUCUUCUCCCAAAGUCCCUGCGGAAGUUGAGGUGCGGAUUGAUGACGGAUCUGAGAACGGCUUACCCGCUAUUAUCGACAAUAAACUCAAAGAAAUCGACCAUGAGUACGGCUUCCCUUUCGAAGGAAAGCUCGAGUCCCAGAUCGAGUGCCUGUUUUGCCACUAUCAAUACAAGCCUAAUCAGACCUCCUUUGUAAAUCUGACCUUGCAAGUGCCUCAAAAGAGCUCUACGACGCUUAGCGCCUGCUUUGACGGUUUACUCAAAACUGAAUACAUUGAAGACUUCAAAUGCGACAAAUGUCGAUUGCAGCAUGCUCUUGAGUUCAAGACGCAGGAAUUGCACCGGACCCGCUCCAAAGAUGACCGAGCUAGGUUUGAGUCAGAAAUUGAGCGAAUCCAGACGGCCCUCGCUACAAAUCCAGAAGGUCCUUUAGAGGGUGUAAUCUUGCCACCUUCUGACCUCGCCCCUAAACGAAAGAUUGCGAGACAUAUGCGGAUAACGGCCUUUCCCAAAAUCAUUGCCAUUCAUCUUUCGCGAUCGAUCUUUGACCACAGCAGCUCUUCCAAGAAUGCAGCCAAAGUAUCUUUUCCGGAGCGGCUGCCGCUCGGUGGUAUCCUGAGUCGAGAAUGGUACAGGCUGCUGGCAAUUGUCUGUCAUAAAGGCAGCCACCAUAGCGGACAUUACGAGUCAUUUCGACGUAAUCACCUUUAUCCACCCUUCUCAACGCCAGAUGUAUUCAGCUCGUACGCUCAGAGUCGGGCAACUAGCGAAAACCCAUCCGAAGCGCCGAGCCCUCAGCUAAAGGCUCGCAACUCGUUCGAGAGCGAACCGGCGCCCCUCAGCAUCUCGACAUCGAUAGGGUCACCGACCAGUCCCUCUCAGCUGCAACCGCCCCCGUCACCGACUCCUCGACCGACAUCGAGCCCACGGGUUUCUUUCCAGAGCACUCGCUCGAAGUCGUCAGCAUCUAAGCAGAACCUAUCGCCCGUGUCAGACCCGCACAGCUCAUCCUCCACAGAGGGUGGGCGCUGGAGCAAGUCAUUUUCGCGCGCGUCGUUCACCAGCGAUCGCAGUACGCCAGCAACUUCGGUUGAAGCUUCAGGCUCCAGCAGUCGGCUCCGUCGACGCCGUAAGCAGAACGAUCGAUGGUGGCGUGUCUCGGACGAGAAAGUCAAAGAAUGCAAGACUUCCGAUGUUU